CCCAAAUCGUACCUGUUCAUCCAUCCACAAAUCAUUUGGGCAAAAGACUUGCGCUUUGGAAGUGAAUCACUCUGUGUAUCAAUGGAGGGUUUUCUUGGGAAUGGAGCUUUGAAGAUAGUGAUUCCGAAGCUUAUAGAAGAAGGUUGGGAUGAUGUACCAACCUUGAAGCUUAUGAAAUCAGAGGAUAUGGAUGCAAUCAACCUGACUCAGCAACAAAAGGAUGCACUGGAAAUGAGGUCAUACCUCCAUAAUCGUGCUCUGAUUCAAUAUGGAGAUAAGCUUGAGUCCUCUGGGAAAUCUCUUCAAGAGCUUCUUGGGUUAAGUACUGAUGAAAUUUCUUCUCAGUUUGGUAUGAAGAGAGGCCAUGUCGCUCGUUUCAUAGAAAGAAGAACCAGUAAUUCUUCUGCACCAGAUCCUUUGCAGCAACCACCCCAAGCUCUCACUUCAAGCAGAAAUGCCACCAAAACUUCUAGUAACAAUAGCAUUCACAAGGCCACAAAAAUGGAUCCUAUGUUGUACAGAGAAGCCAUGGGAGACAAAGAGAACCAGAUUAGUUGGUCUGGCCGAUUGUUCUCCUGGAUUAAUUGGCCAAGUAAGCCGAAUACCGAGAUCGAAGACAACAAUGAAGAUGUCCUCCACCUCAUGCCAUACAUUAAUGACCAACAUCAACUUGAACUGCAACUCACUUCACAUAAGAACACAGUUCUCCAUGUCGCAGCCCAAUUCGGUAACCAAAUAUAUGUGAAAAUAAUCUUAGAAAAGGGUCCGUCAUCAUCGUUGUUACGCUGCUUGAAUAUGGAUGGCGAGACUCCUCUUCAUAUUGCAGCGAGGAAAGGACACUUGGACAUAGUGAAAGAACUCAUAGAACGUGCAAAAAGACUAGGCCGUGAAGAAGUUGAAAGCGGGGGUGGAGCAGCCAAGGAGAUGUUGAGGGCCACAAAUAAGGACAAUGACACUGCCUUGCACAUGGCCGUUCGAAAUGGUCACUCAGGUGUGGUGGAAUUGUUAACUACAGAAGAUCCUGAGUUUACACAUCAACCCAAUAAUGCCGAGGAAACUCCAUUAUACCUGGCCGUUGAGAGACAACUCGAUGACGUGGUGUUUAUGAUUUUGAAAAAUUGCAAAUCGCCAGCUUAUGGUGGCCCAAAGGGUCAGACUGCAUUGCACGUGGCAGUAGCUUGCCCAUGGAGAACAGAAAGCUCAAAAACUUUCUCCAAAAUGAAGCUAGAUCAAAGCGCACAAUUUUUAUUGGAUUGGAACCAAGAUCUAAUCAAGGAAACAGAUGAGCACCAAGAUCUAAUCAAGAAAACAGAUGAGCACGGGUGGACACCAUUUCAUUAUGCAGCAUGUCUUGGUAAUCACUAUGCAGUUAAAUUGAUGCUAGAAAAAGAUAAAUCAGCUGUGUACAUUACAACAAAUGAGGAGGGUGAUGAAAAGACAGCUCUUCAUAUAGCUGCUGCUAAUGGGUGGCAUCAAGUAAUGGAAGAGCUUUUAUCACAGUGUCCAGAUUGUUGGGAGAUGGUCAACAGUGAAGGACAAAAUGUGCUUCACAUUGCUGUGGUGGAACAGCAAAAAGAGGUGAUAAAAUAUAUUUUUAACAAGUCAUGGAUUAUCCAUCUUAUAAAUCAAAAAGACAUUGAAGGAAAUACACCACUCCAUCUGCUUGCUACUGAUUCCAUGCGGGAGCUCUGGCAUUGGCGGAAGGCUACAAACAAUAAAAACAUGAUCCCACAAGACCAAUUGCUGUCUUGUAGUAAGGAAUACUCACUUGGUGUUGCGAGAAAUAAAAUCAGUCGGAAUCAAGAGUCAAGAAAAAUAAGGAAAGAAGAAAGUAAGAAUACGAAAGCACAAGUCAACGAAGAAUUGAAGAAAAUGGGUGACACCCAUAUGAUAGUGGCAACCCUGAUAGCAACCAUCACCUUUGCGGCCGGUUGCACGAUGCCUGGUGGUUAUAAUAGCAAUGAAGGUUCAAAUCAAGGAAUGCCACUUCUACUAAGAGAAGCAGCUUUUAAAGUAUUUGUUAUUACAAAUACUAUAGCCAUGAUAUGCUCUACUUCCUCUGCCUUUCUAUACGUCACUGCCUCAGUUUAUUAUGUCAGAAAUAAAGAUGAA